ACACGACCAGUUGAAGAUGGGGGUGCUGAUGUUAUUGGUUACGUUCUUGAGAUGCAAGAAGCAGGGGCAGAAGAAUGGACAAAAGCGCAUGAAAAGAAUCUUAGGGUGACAGAACACACAGUUACAGGUCUUUCUGCUGGCAAAAAAUACUGUUUCAGAGUUGCAGCGGUCAAUGUAAAUGGAACAGGUGACUUCAGUGAUCCUUGCGCAGAGACUGAGCCUGUGGAAAGAAUCGAAAUUCCUGACCUUGAGCUACCUGAUGAGCUGACAAAGACAAUUUGUCUAAGAGCAGGAAGUUCUCUUCGCCUCCAUGUUACUGUUACUGGUAGACCGAUCCCAACUGUAACGUGGACCAAACCUGGCGUGGACCUCCAAAAUCGUGGCUUUAUUGAAGUAACCAAUACUGCUACAACCCUCAUUAUUGAUAAGGUGCACCGCUAUGAUGCCGGUAGAUAUACCAUUGAGGCUUCAAAUUCAGCUGGGAAGAAGGAUGCAAGCAUUCUUGUGAAAAUCUAUGAUACACCUGGUCCAACUGGUCCAAUUAAGAUGAAAGAACUUACAAAAGAUUCUGCUCAUAUUACUUGGGAUGCUCCUGAAGUUGAUGGUGGAGCACCUGUCAAUAAUUACAUCAUUGAAAGAAGAGAGGCAUCAAUGAGAGCAUACAAAACUGUCACAUCCAAAUGUAGCAAGACAUCAUACAAAAUAACUGGUCUGACAGAAGGAAUGCUGUAUUAUUUCAGAGUCUUACCAGAGAAUAUCUAUGGUGUUGGUGAACCCCGUGAGACAGGUGAUGUUGUGUUGGUGAGUGAAGUUCCACUGCCACCAGCCAAGCUUGAAGUUGUAGAUGUAACCAAAUCCAGUGUAUCACUUGCCUGGGAGAAACCUUUACAUGAUGGAGGCAGCAGAAUCACCGGCUACAUUGUUGAAGCUUGUAAAGCUGGUACUGACAAGUGGAUGAAGGUUGCAACUUUGAAACUUACAGACUUUGAGUUCACUAUCACGUCACUUAAUGAGAAUGAACAGUACCUAUUCAGGGUACGUGCUGUCAACAGCAGAGGAGCUGGUGAGCCAAAAGAAAUUGUAACAGCUGUGACAGUUCAAGAACAAAGAGUCUUGCCAAAGGUUGAUCUAUCAGCUAUUCCACAGAAGACAAUAAGCGUUUUGGCAGGCAAACCCCUUGAGCUUGAUUUACCAAUUAUAGGACGACCACCACCAGUUUGUUCUUGGUUCUUUAAUGACAAUAGGUUAAAGAUUGUGGAGCGUGUGAAGAUAAAAUCAACUGGAAAAUUCUCUAAAUUAACUAUUCUUGACACCACCAUUGAUGACAGUGGUGUGUAUACACUUGAGGUGAAAAACAUAACUGGAAUAACAACUGAAAACAUCAAAGUCAUCAUUCUUUCCAAACCUGAUGAACCUCAAGGACCCAUACGAUUUGAUGAUGUUGAUGCAACAUCAGUCACAAUAAGCUGGGAUCCACCUAUGAGAGAUGGUGGUGCACCAAUUAGCAACUAUGUGGUUGAACAACGUGAUGCCCAUCGCCCAGGAUGGGUGCCUGUGUCGGAAUCAGUUUCUAGACCAAUAUUCAAAUUUGACAGAUUGACAGAGGGCGAUGAAUAUGUGUUCCGUGUUGCAGCAACCAAUCGCUAUGGCACUGGGGAUUACUUACAGUCAGAAAUCGUAAUGUGCAAGAGCUCCAAAUCCAUUCCUGGGCCACCUGGAAGACCCAUUGUAUUUGAUGUAUCACGUGAUGGCAUGACUGUUGCAUGGGAACCACCAGAUGAGGAUGGAGGCUUAGAGGUGUCCGGCUACAUUAUUGAACGCAAGGAGGUCAGGUCAGAUAGAUGGAUCCGUGCUAAUAAAAAUCCAGUGACAAUGACAAGAUACAGGUCCACUGACUUAAUUGAAGGCCUGGAAUAUGAACACAGAGUGACAGCCAUUAAUGCUCGUGGUGUCGGCAAACCUAGCCUUCUUUCUAAACCAGCAGUAGCAACUGAUCCUGUUGAUCCACCUGGUUCACCUCAAAACCCACGAGUCACAGAUACCACAAAAUCUUCUGUGUCUUUGGCCUGGAGUCCCCCAGAUGAGGAGGGUGGUGCUAAGGUUACAGGCUAUCUAAUUGAGAUGCAAAAGGUUGGUUCAGUAACCUGGAUGAAGUGCAACGCUACACCUUCACUGAUCUGUGAAUAUACUUUGACACGAAUGCCACAAGGAGAAGAAUUCAAAUUCCGUGACAUGGCUUGCAAUGCGGGUGGACCAGGAGAACCAGCUGAAGUACCAGGAGUUGUGACUAUAACAGAGAUGCUUGAUCCUCCAAGUUAUGAUCUUGAAGCAAAAUACAAGGAUGUCCUUGUAGUCAGAUCCAGAGGAGUAAUCAGACUUUCAGUGCCCAUCAAAGGCAAACCUACUCCUACCUGCAAAUGGACCAAGGAUGGAUCAGAGGUUACCAACCGUGCAAUGAUUGCCUCCAGUGAAGAUGUAUCAGAGCUUGUAAUCAAGCUAGCUGAAAGGUCUGAUUCUGGUCUUUACCAUCUCCAUCUGGAAAACAAGUGUGGCAAAAAGAUGCUUCCAAUAAAGGUCAAAGUUAUUGGCCGCCCAUCUGCACCUGAAGGCCCUCUUAGAUUUGAUGAUAUACAAGCACAUUCUGUAAAAGUUAGCUGGAAACCACCAACAGAAGAUGGUGGUUCCGAAAUUGUUGGCUACAUUGUGGAAAGACGUGAAGAAACAAAAGCAGCUUGGUACACGGUUGAUUCAAGAGUGGUUGAUACAUCCCUUGUAGUUAAGGGACUACAAGAAAAUGCAGAAUAUCACUUUAAGGUGACAGCAGAGAACCAGUUUGGAAUAAGCAACUCCCUGAAAUCAGAGACAACUAUUGUACCAAAGACUCCUAUUUGUGUCCCAGAGGCUUCAGGUACUCCACCAGAAAUUAUGGAUGUUACUAAGAAUUCUGCGGCUUUAGCUUGA